CCCAUUCCUUAGCGAUCCGCCAUUUUGGAAAGUACUGCAGAAGCCCUUCCCACCCAAAAGCCGAAAUUUGCCAAGGAAGUGGAAGUAAGCAUUAAUCUUUGAAAAUGUCUGGUGAUCGGGAAAAAGCGUCGAAGGUCAUAGAGAUGUGUAAAACCACAGAUGAGUUAGUACAGAUGGCUAAAAUGGCAGAGCAGGCCGAAAGAUUCGACGACAUGGCCCUGGCAAUGAAAAAGGUAACGGAACAGGAUAAGCAGUUGUCUACCGAAAAACGCAAUCUUCUUUCCGUGGCUUACAAAAAUGUCGUAGGUGCUCGUCGAUCGUCGUGGCGAGUUGUCUGUAUGAUUGAGAAAACGAAAGCGGAUAACCCAGCCAAGAAGGAGGCCGCCAAGGAAUUCAAAAAGAAGAUUGAGGAGGAAUUAAACAAAACUUGUCAUGAAGUUCUCCAGCUUUUGGAUGAAUAUCUAAUUAAAAAUGUCACAGAACCUGAUGGCAAUGUGUUUUACCUGAAGAUGAAGGGCGAUUACUACCGGUACCUCGCAGAGUUUUCUGAAGAUGACGCCAAAAGGAGUGUCAUAGAAAAUUCACAGGACGCCUAUAUGGCCGCUUACAAAAUGGCAUGUGAUACGAUGCCACCAACGCAUCCAAGCCGCUUGGGAUUGGCACUUAAUUUUUCAGUGUUUUACUACGAAAUUCUCGACUCGCCGGACAAGGCGUGCUCACUUGCAAAAGAAGCAUUCGACAAUGCGAUUGGCCAGAUUGAUGAGUUAGAUCAAGAUUCUUAUAAGGACAGUACCCUUAUUAUGCAGUUGCUAAGGGAUAAUCUCACACUGUGGACAUCUGACAACGCAGCAGAUAAUGAACAAGAAGCCCAAGACUAGACUAUAAACUAUAAACUAUAAUAAUUGUUCAAAAAAAAGAAAAAGAGAGGGACGGACAUUAUGUGACGGACAUCAACACAUGUGACAAUAUGACUUAAUAUAGUUCACAAGGAAAAUGUUUUUCGCAGUAGUACUAUAAACUAGCCACGAAAGCGCUUGGAAUAGCCGCCGACUUUGGAGGCAUUACUAUUCUUCUUUCUGUUCUACCAGAAUGCUUCCUGUUUUAAUGCAUGAGGGAAAGAAGCCCCUUGAAGGUAUUGUGAUCUGACAGGCCAUUAACAUGGCGAUUUCUGGGUUUGAUCCUAUGCUCCAGGGCAGACAGUUAUUCAGUAUGUGCUUGAGGGUGCGCAGGCAGCUUUCAUUGAAGAACAUUUUAAAACUAAUACAUUUGCGCAAAGCAACUGCAGGAUUGUGAUUUUUUUUUUGUCAUAAGAUUGAAGAAACUUACUGUUUCAUGUCUUAUAUUAAUAUGCUGUUUUGUUGUGCUGGAAAGAAGAAAAAAAUCCAUUACGCCAGCUGUGGACAUCAAGAUUAUAUUUACACUUUUUCAUAUCAUUUUCCCCCCUCUCUUCCCAAAAUGUAUACAUGUAUGUGUAUAUCUUAAUAUUUGUACCACUUGUGAGGAUAGUUUUGUUGGAAUUAUAGCAAUGUAAUUUUAUUGAAAAUUUGUAUGUCAUCUAGGUAAUGGAACAUAUUGACUUAGUUUUUUUUACAGAUUCAAGUGCCCACCUUUUAAUUUCCAUUUUUAUUCGUAGUGCUUGUAAAAUCACAUAUUGCAGCUGUCAUGUGUUCCGUAUAUGUUGAACCAUAAUAAAUCUGACCUGUA